AUGAAGGGCUUCGUUGUGCCUAUGAGGAAAAUCUGUCGACUCGGUGAGGUUAAAGGACUGUUAGGCUGUCUGCAAGAUGUAUUACAGCAACAGCGGGGGUUUACGACGAGAUCUUCCGGCCAACAGCAGAAGAAGAAGCAGCACCGUCAAGUGGGCGAGGAAGCGAGAGACCUCUAUUUGUCCGUCCUACAGGCAUCAUCGACCAAGCGAGAAGCCAAAACAUACUUACAGCGCUUCAAACCUCGCGAGACGUCUCUUCAAAGCGCCAAAGGUCUGGAGGCACCCGCCUCCGUACCCAAAGAAAAGGAAGACGGGCCAUUCUCACCCAUUGUCACCAGCGAACUUGUGCCGGGUUCCUUUCAGAAGACGCAGAACCGUGAAUUCAUUAGAGGUCUGAUCCGGAAGUCACGGCCACAGGCGUUUGAACAAUUCUCUGAAGAUUGUUUUGCUCCUGAGAUCUCGGACCAGCAUUUACAUCUUGCUCUUGUUAAACUACGGGGACCUCAGCAUUUGACUGAUGUUGAACUCACCGCUAUUGGAAGGACUCUAAAGAAACUCGGAAGACUCGGACUUGGUUCAGUAGUGGUGGUUGAUGUCAAUGAAGAUGGGAAACCCGGUGCACCAGAAGAAACUGAAAAGGAAUUGCGGGUAUUCCAUAUGGAACAGAUGGAGAGGGUUGUCUCUGCGAUUGAAGAUGCUGGUAGCCAAUCACGGGGUGUAGAGGGUUCACUUACGAUAGACCAUAAUGGGGACAGCCACGUUCUUCUACCGUCUCUCAUACUAGCACCGAUAUCGAGAGGGGCUAUUCCAGUCAUUCCGGCACUAGCCCACGACCACAAACAAGUCUUGAAACCGAUAUCCCCAGACUCGAUUUUGGUAGCAUUGUGCCAUCUCCUGGCCGACCUGCAGCUCCACCCGGAAACCGUACGGGGUCUAGAAUCACCGAAAGAACCUAUGACCCUUGACCGACUGAUCGUAUUAGACCCUCUUGGCGGUAUCCCAUCGUAUGAUCGUCCCUCUGGCGCGCAUGUAUUCUUGAACUUGGAACAGGAGUAUUCCUCUGUUUUAUCAGAACUUCGGAAUAACAAAACUUCUGUAACGAGUACACAUAUAUCGACCCUAAGGAGCCUAAGACAAUGCCUCAAGCUACUGCCUUCGACUUCCUCUGCUGUUGUUACGACUCCCCAAGCUGCGAUGACACACGAGGGACCUCAGGAAUCUCGGAACCCGUUAAUCCACAAUUUAUUGACUGACAAGCCUGUUUUCUCUUCAUCCCUCCCGAUUACCCCUUCGACACCUCGUGUUAUAACGACUCUUGUGAAGCAUGGUGUCCCGUUGCUCAUGCUCCCACCCUCCGAGUUUGAGGAUGGACAAACACUAACCUCAAAUCCGAAAAUCAAUAUCAAGCGACUCGUCGAACUGAUAGAAGAUUCUUUUGGGAAGAAGCUAGACGUCGAUCACUACCUUGACCGCAUCAACAAGAACAUCGCAGGUGUUAUCAUUGCAGGUGAUUAUGAUGGCGGGGCCAUAAUCACCUGGGAGGAGGGGCAUAACGGUAGAAAAGUCCCCUACCUCGACAAAUUUGCCGUAGCUCGUAAAGCUCAAGGAACUGGUGGUGUAGCAGAUGUGGUGUUCAAAGCUAUGAUCCACGGAACUGGUAUGUUCCAGAAAGAGCUGAUAUGGCGAAGCCGGCAGAACAAUCCGGUAAACAAAUGGUACUUUGAACGGGCGAAAGGAACAUACAAACUGCCUGAUGGGAAGUGGACGGUAUUUUGGACCACAGAGGGGCUAGCUGAGGGAGAAUGCGGCAGGUUCCAGGAAUACAUCGGGGUUUGCGAAAGGAUCGUCCCAAGUUUGCUUGAGUGA